AUGGCUCUGGCCCUGCAUUUUGGGAAGGGAAACUCGAAGGCCUCAGAUGAAAAUCCACCUCCCGAAGAGGAGGUACCCAGGGAAAGGUGUGACACCUUGCAGGCGGAGCACCGCGAAAUAGUGGUUGGCCAGUUGGGGAUGGAUGGAUGCCCUGGGGGUGCUGAGGAAAUUCAAAUUGAAACCGACAGAGAGUCAGAGGAAGAUAGCCUGGACGAAGAUGCUGGCCAAGACAGAGUUCCUGCUGCUGCGACUGAAUUUCUAGCCAACAUGCAGGCCACAUGCCCCGAGAUGAUCCGGGCAAUCCAUGUUUGGCAGGUACUCAGGAGGCUAGCAUUGCCGCUGCGAGCAGCAGAUGGUGAUUUCUACCCUUUGAGCCACGCGACCACCCGCCCGUAUACAUUCUGGUCCCAUAGCUGGCAUGGUUCUGUUCAGAGGAAGAUUGCCACGGCCUACGUCCUUCAUGUGGCCACGCCCGCAGCCAUUCUCGGCACGGGAGCCGCAGUUCUUGCCUGCCUGCUCUUCGGGUUCGGCGCGCUCCCGGACGAUGGCCACGGCCAGAGUUACUGGUGCUUGAGCCUCGGAUGCCUCACCUACUUGAUGACCAUGGUCCUAUGGAGGCCACGGCAGCGGAUCUUUCUUGAUCGAGCUUGCAUCUCCCAAGAGGACCCAAGCCUUCAACUGCAGGGGCUGCUGAGUUUGGGGGCAAUCCUGAAGCAGGCAGAUAGCAUGAUGGUGCUGUGGGACUCGUCCUGGUCACGCCGGACAGCAGAACCCGUCCACGCCGGUCCGGCGGGACACCACGACCCUGGUGGUGUGGCGAAGCUUCUGCAAUUCUUUGUGCUCCUCUUUGGCACCAUCCGGAUGGACGACCACGACCCGUACACAGGCGUGUCACUGUUGACGAUCCCUGGCAGCGGUAAAGGCAAAGGUGAGGAUUGGUCCUCCGAUGUGCUCAGCCCAGCUCAGGUUUAUGCCAAAAUCGGCGCAGGCUCUGCCAACUUCAAGGCGGUAGUGCCGAUUUUCUCGAGUGAGCAGCUUGAGGAACUUGCCACGCUCUCUACUGCGCAUGCUGACCUUGCUCUCACCGCAGUUUCCUUCAAUAUGUUUGCUUGGACCAAGUGUGCCGCUGAGUCGGCUGAUCCUUCAACAGCCGUUGUGCAAUGCUUCUUGGGCACGGCCACUGUCUCUCGCGAGGUUCGCCUGCAUAGGUUGGGUAAGGACUGCCCCUCCAUCAACCAAGUUGUCCGAAAGGCCACAGGUGUACAAAAGCCCACCGACACCGUCGUGCUUCGUUUCGUUGCUGAUGCCCGCUAUCUCACUGAUGGUCAGUGGGACAGCCUGAAAGCCAAGCCUGCGGCCUCGAUUAGGUCGUGGGCGGCAGCUCAUGCUCCGGCUGAUGUCUUGUCGAUUAAAGACAUGUGGGGCUUCAAAGUGUCAGGGGGCGCUAGUGCUUCCAAAGCGGUCUUGUCGGGACUUGUUCGGGUGCAAGCGCGCAAGGCCGAUGCAUGGCUCACCUUGAGUGGGCGGGACAAGUGGUUUGUUGAGAACCCUGCUGCCAGGGCACCCAUAAGUUGGGUCAAGCGCCAAAAGGAUGAGCCUGCCAAGGAUUAUCUUGAUCGUGUCUUCGCGCAGUGCAAGGGCCGUGGGGUCGCCAAGGGCGACACAGGCCUAGGUGUUCGCCUCUCUGCGGAAGAAGCCAGCACUCAGCCUCGCUCGGUCCCACUCCGGGCGUUCAAGAUCUGGCCGGUGCCCCUUGAUUGGACUCAGGAAACUCUUGAGCAUGAGUUGACGCAGUUUAAGUUCAAUGAUCUUACGCUGUUGGCCAGGUAUCCUUGUAAGGGUGGGGUUAAGUUCUUCUACAGGGCUAGGGUUGAGAACCUUGACUUGGCAGUGAUUGAGCACGACAAGGGUGCUAUCCAGGUUGUGCUGCAGAACCAGACCUUGCGUCGCGGUGCCCCCACGCCCAUCCGGGCUGGCCGUGGUGCCUUCACAGCUUCUGCUGCCUCUGCUGACAGGCCUAUGCCGGCCGCGCCCGCCCCAGCGGCCGAAGUUCCUGUUGCUAGCGCGCCGGCGGAAGGCCGCCCGCCAAUCCAGGAUGCUCCGGCCAAGCGACAAGCGGUCGCGGCGCCUGCCGCUGCUGUUCAUGAGUUGCCGUCCGGCCUCACGCGCAAGCCCAACCCGGGCCAAGGAGACUGCCUCUUUUAUGCCCUCGAGGUUGCCACUGGGCAAAACAAGUUGGCCCUUCGCACUGCCAUAGUCGCACACCUGCGCCGGCACUCCGACCAUUACAAGCGCUUUUGGAGCUGCCUUGCCCCCACGAGGGCAGAUGAACCCAUGACGGAUUGGGACACGUAUCUUGAAGCACUCGCGAAGCCCGGUGCAUACACGUCUCUACUUGAGAUCCACGCUGCCGCCAAGCACCUCGACAUGCCAAUUUACAUUUACUCCGACGUUCAGCCUUUGCAGGUUUGCAACCGUGAGGGUAAGCGAGGUCCGAUUAUCCUCUGGUACUCUGCUGCGCACUAUGAACUUGUGGAAGGUGAGCUGCCUGCCAAAGCCGCGACCAGUGCCAUCAAUGCCCCCAAGUCUGGAUGCAAAGGUGGUGCUCAGCCUUCUGACCGUCCAGCCAGUGCUGCCUCUCGCUCCACAAAGCGCAGAGGCCCCGAGACCACCCUUCCCGGCCAGCUCUCUUUGGCCGCUGCGUUUGCCAACAGCUGCGUGCCAAGCAAGGUUCCUGCUGCGCUGUCUGAGGUGACCGGUCACCUUCGGCCCCAGCAUGACCUGCAUACUGAUGUUGCAAACCUCCGGGACCUUGAUGACUGUGUGGAGCCUGAGGCUGAGGCUCCAGCGCCAGUUGGGUGCAAGCGUAAGCGGAUCCAGUGGGUCAAGCGUGAAGGUUGGGAGUGCCCCAUUUGCAAGUGGUCCGUGCACGCUCGGCAUUGGCGCGCCAUGAAGCAAACGCACAUAAAUAGGUGGCAUCCGCACCUUCGCAAGUGGCUCCGCUUGCCACGUGUACUGGUUAACCCACGCGUCUUUGGGCUCCGGCAUGCUACCUUUGUUCAGGAUGCCCGGCGCCGUGCUGCCAAUGUCAAAAAGAGUGCCGCCAUUAGCAAGCACCUUCACAAGGCUAAGACUUACCAAGGACCCCACGUGCCACAGGUCAUUCGCAUUCCGAUGCCGCCCCAGGGCACACACACACGCACAGGCCAGGUCAUUAAAUCCCGCCUUGUCGCGCCGCCGACAGUUGUUUGCUCCAAGUGCACGCGGAAGGAAAGCACACUUGACCGCCUCGCCCAGCUCCCCUGCUCCUCCACUGGGGUUGGUGGCCCCAAGCGUGCCCAGCUUCUGCAUCGCCUACUAUCCAUUGUCGAGGACUGUGAUGCCGCGGUGGAGCUUCGUGAGCAGGCCGCCACCGCCUUUCGCUUGCUGUCCCCUCCCAGCCCUGAGCCCACCUCCUCGGCCAACAAGCCCCAUGUGCUGCUGCGCCUGAACUGGACGGGCCACGUGGAGCGCAAUGCGACAGGCGCAUGCUUGCCCGGCUUGCUCCCGCUGAGGGUGGACAGCCAUGACGUCGCCUCCCUCACGACUGCGCAUCGGGAGACUUGCCUCUCUUCGGAUGCCUUGCCAGCGGUACACCAAGCCGCGGACAGGGCAGGUUGCACUUUCUUUAAAGGGGCUCAAACUUGCAACUUGGCUGGUGCUCCUUACGCCGGGGUUUCUUUUGUGACUCGGUGGCCGGCUCAGCCUGUACAGAUGCCUGACUGGCCCACUUCCGCGGGUCGUGUUGCGGCCCUACGUGUCUUUCGCCCUCGGGCUAGACCCCUCCUUUUGAUAGGGGUCUAUUUGCAUGCCAGUGAUGCGUUUGCUGCAGCCUCUCUGUUGGACUUAGUGCUGCCCUGGGCCGCUUCAUUAGGUGAAGACUUUUGUGUGACGGGCGAUUUCAACUUGCCCAAGUCCCAUUGGCCCACCUCUUACGCGCUCGCUGCGGGUCACCUUUUUGACGCUGACGAGGUGGUCGGUGAUCCUGCUCAGUUACCUGGCACCCGCCGCAAUGCUGCUGGUCAACUCACAGGUUCUGUGAUUGACUACUUGUUGCACUCCCCGGCCCUCACGGUUUGCGCACGUGCUCAGUUCCAAGCCGUGGCCGACCAUGAUCUGGUGUUCUACUCGCUGCCUGUGUUGGGUCAGCCGGCCCGUUGGUCAUGGCCGCCCCGGCCUCGCCUAGGCCCUAGCCCUCCGGUGGAGGGCGCUUGGGAACGCUGUUGGUCCAAACAUGAUGUUGCCUUCCGUGCUGCUCUGGCCACUGCAGACCUGGAUGCGGCUUGGGCCCUGGUGUCCACCUGCUUGGCCGAAACUGUUUGCUCCAAACCGCCUGCGCGUCCCCCCGAAGAGGCUUGUGGCUCUCGGGUGGCCCCUUGUCAGCCUCACCGCACUGCUCCUACUUACCAAGGCUUUCUCGAGCGCCGGCUUCGUCGCCUUAGUCGGCGGGCCGCUGAGUUCGCAAAGGAUUGUGGCAAUCAGCCGUUGUUCAAUGCCAUUCAGCGUGAUGUUUCCCACCUGUCUGUGGAUUUCCCAUCGCUGCUGACUCAGCCUUGGGGUUUGGACCAAGCUGCUCAGCAUGCCAUUGCCCUUGCCGACCAGCAAGCCGACAAGGACCGCAGCGCUCGGUUGCAACAUUGGCAGGCGACUGCCGGCGAGGACUUCACUAGGCUCUGCCAGUGGAUUCGUGCCACCGUUCCUACCAAUCCUCCUCACCAUCCUGGCGCUGACGAUUGGGUUUCACCUUUGCAUCCGCAGGAGCAGGUUGAGCAGGCUGCUGAAACCCUGCGUGCCCUCUGGGCCCCCGCUGUCCUCCCUCAGCCUGAAGGUUUCGACCAGAUGCGUGCGCUUAUUGGGUCCACCACGGAGUUCCCUUUGCCGUCCAUCUCGGGAAAAGCGAUCUUCGCCCGUUUCAAGGCCACUGCCAAAAAGUCCACUGGACUUGAUGGUUGGGGGUCUGCGGCCUUCGUUGCUGCGGGGCCUGCUGCCUCGGAAGUUCUGGCUCAGCUUUGGGCCGCUUGUUUGGAGUUCAGCACCAUGCCUGGCAUUUGGAAGCACAUCCGCGUGGCUCUACUCCCCAAACCUGAUGGGACCCUGCGUCCCAUUUCGAUUGCUUCGGCUGCUUACCGCACUUGCAUGACCUGUUUGCUUCGUGCUUGCCGUGAGUGGUUCCUCAGCUGGGCUGACCCCGAGCUUGUCGGCGGCAUUCCUGGCCGUGACAUGAGCCGCACUCAUGAUGCGCUGUUUUCCUCCCUGUUGGAGGCCCGCAACCGUCACCUUGCUUUCGUUGGGGCCAAGCAGGACGUGCGCAAAUGCUUCGACACGGUUCAGUGGGACCUCGCGCUCCAGGCUUGGACCUGGUUGGGGGCUCCGCCCAAGCUCGUGUCUUUGCUGCGUUGCUUUUACAGCAACCAAAUGCGGUGGCUUGCUGUUCGUGGGCACUUCGCCAAAGAGAGCGUUGUUCCCACCCGCAGCAUUUUGCAGGGUUGCCCUGCCAGUGUUGGGCUCCUCAACGGCCUCAUGUUGUUGUGGGUUCGGCACUUGCGGGCGACUGCCCCGAAUGUCUCACGGUCUGUUUAUUUGGACGACCGGGCUAUGUGGGCCAUGGGGCGACAUGCAGCUGAUGAUCUUUGUACAGCGUUGCGGGCCGCCGCUGUGGCUGACAAAGCAAUUUGUCUUGAGGUGCAUCCUCAGAAGCUCGCCUGCUGGGCUACGCGUGCACAGGCCAGACGCGUCCUCAGUGUCGAUCCUGUUUUGUGUGGCCCUCUUGUCACCUCGUUCAAGCUGCUGGGCAUUACCUACCGUUUGGCAACGGGCACAGGGGUCGUUGCUGCUGACCGCCUUGACACUGUCAUCUCUAACCGCUGUCGCCGCAUUGCCAUUGCGGCAAGGGUGCUGCCCAUGCGUCGGCACCUUUUGCUCGCACUUGUCCUCAGCCUCAUUUCUUGGCUUGGCCCUUGGACAUCCGUUCCUCACCUUACUGCUCAGGGUUGGGCACGGUCCAUUGAAGCCGCUGUCAGUCGCAUUGUGUCGGCGCGUUCUCCACUCUUGCUUUGGUCUACCUGGGCUCGGCCCCGUCUGCACCCCAAGUUUGCUCUCGCCUUUGCGGCAAUCAGCCACGAGCUGCGCCGUGUCGGCAGCUUCUUGCCGCCUCCUGCCCACGUUACGGCGUGCCCUGCUCUUCAGGCGUCCCUCGCGAUCUUCGCUUGGUCCAUCCUUCCGGAUGGCACUUGGUGUACUCCGUUUGGCCAGUUUUCACCUGGGUUUCUGACGCGCGCGGUUGCCCUUAAGGUUGCCGAAGACUCGUGGCUCCGUUUGUUGUGGGCCGCUGAUGCCAAGUCUACUGGGCCCCUUGAGGCCGAUGAGCACAUCGCGCUUGCCUUUCACCUUGCUGCUGCCAGCUCCCACCCUUCUGGGUCCCGGCGUCGGGUGUUGUUUGCUGCCGCCCACGACACUCGCACUUUGCAGCGCAUGCAUUUGCCGUUUCACUCCUGUUCCUGCGGGGAGGCGCUUCCCACCAGGACCCACGUCACUUUUGAGUGCCCGGACGACCCUUUCCCCGGCGUUCAGCGCUCUGAGUCUGAGCGCCGUUUCCUGGUGCCGUUGUUGACUGGCCUUCCUUGCCCGACUUGGCAGUUGCCAGAGGUCUCGCAAGACCUGCUGCUGGCACUCUCACAGGCCAGAAUUGUGGAAGAGGCUUUUCUUGUUGCCACUGAUGGGAGCUCCUUGCAGGCUCCCGCGGCCAAGGACCUCACAUGGUUUCAACAUGCUGGUUGGGGUAUAGCCACCUCUAGGGACUUAGGGUUCUUUGGGGUUGUACCUGGGCUGGACCGCUCGUCCGCCGCUGCUGAGCGCUAUGCUUUGCUGGUCUUAGCUUGCGCAGCUCAUAUGCUUCAAGUGCCUGUCUGUGUCCUCACGGACAAUUCUGCCUUGGUUACCAGCUUUGUUGCUGACAAGCCCCCGGGUGAUCUCGGGGCAUACUGGGCGAUGAUCCGCCAUCUGCUGCCUGUGGGCUCGUCUUUGCACUGGGUUCCGGCUCACGGCCGCCGUAGCACAUGGACAUCCGGAAUUCCCUUGGUCUCCACCCAGGAGGCCCGUGACUUGAAUGCACGUGCAGACCUAUCUGCAUGUUCUGCAACUGAGCCGAUGAAGGCCACCUUUUCUGCUGCCCAGCUUGCAUGCAAGACCGCCUUUGACUGGGCCAGCCUUUCCGUGGAGCGACAAGAGCGCUUGACGCAAGACUGGCAUGACUCUGUUGCGGCGCGGGCCAAGGCCAUCGGCCGGCCCACUGUGUUCGGAUUGUUGUUGCUUGCCUCUUGGAUAGCGCUUUUGUUUGGUGGACUGGCUGUACGGAUUGUGCUGAACAGUGGUUAUGUUGCCGGCGACUUUACUCAUCUUCACUUGCUGCUAAUUUCCCUUUCCUUCUGUAGCGUGAUCUUCUUGUACAUCGCGCACCUGGCCCGUGAGUACUGCCGUGACUUGACAACACUCUGCCAGCACGUGGCACACUUCAGGGUGGAGGACGCUGAGUGCCACUGCUGCUCCGUCAAUCAUCGGACACCCGGUAGUGACGUGCCUAUCAUCUGUGACCGCACCAUCCUUCUGGAAUGCAUUAAGACGUGGUUUGGUAGCAUUGAGGCCUUUGAGGAGCAUGUCCAAACUUCAGUGUACGAUGUGAUGGUUGAGCAGCUUUCGCACCAGAUGAUCUCCUACUGGCGCCUGGCGUCGGCUUCCCCACUUUUCUUCUGGACCUAUCUUGACAACUCGGCCUUCGAGCUCUUCGCGCUUCUACAGCAUGGCAUGGUUGAAUAUUACAGGCUCCACUGCCUGUCCUUCGUGGUUGGCCUGACUCUCUGGCUGGCUCUGGCCCCACUUCUCUUUCGAGUGCAGCUGCGCCUGGCCUGGACGCUGCAAGAAAGGAGUGCGUGCCGAGCCUGGGACCUCUCCAGAACACUGCUGCUUCUGGUAGCUGGCUGCAGCAUCUUCAUCUCCUUCCUGUCGUUCGACUACUGGCUCUAUUCGUCCAUUGGCCCUCAUCUGCAAGUAGUCUCUUUCACCCUUGUGACAAGUGCUCUCGCAAUUCUCGCGUGGCGCUGCCUACCAGCGGUGGAGCUGUGCAGGGAGGGCCUGAUGGCUGUCAGCGCGCACCUGACCGCCUGCUUUCACGAGGAGCUCACCAGCCUCAGCACGGCGCUUGAGCUGAAGGCUGCGGAAUCUGGGGAGCUUAGGAAGCAGUGCGUUUUCGAGGCCUUCCAAAACGCACUUUGCUUGCAACUGGAGCUGCAACUGGAGGGUGGGAGGAAGCAGUGCGUUUUCGAGGCCUUCCAAAACGCACUUUGCUUGCAACUGGAGCUGCAACUGGAGGGUGGGAGGAAGCAGUGCGUUUUCGAGGCCUUCCAAAACGCACCUUGCUUGCAACUGGAGCUGCAACUGGAGGGUGGGAGGAAGCAGUGCGUUUUCGAGGCCUUCCAAAACGCACUUUGCUUGCAACUGGAGCUGCAACUGGAGGGUGGGAGGAAGCAGUGCGUUUUCGAGGCCUUCCAAAACGCACUUUGCUUGCAACUGGACGGAGGACUUGGCCUGGACCAGCUGGGAUGCACAGUGCGAAUCGCCGAGAAAAAGAGCUCAGUGCGUUUUGGUCCCGUGCAGGAGAUUGUUCAGGGGCCUAUGGUCGGGACCAACGUUGGGUUGGGCGUUCAGCAGGACUUGCAGAAGAUGGACGACAGCUGGAGGCAGAUGAUCCUGCUCCUUGACAAGAUUGAUGGGCGAGUGUACAUCCUGGCAGCUCUGGUCGUCGACGUGGAACUGGCCCUGCUGGACAUGUCCAAUCUCAACGCGGCCGUGGUGGCACUGAGUGAGGCGAUCCAGGAGGAGCUGCCACGCGCUGUUGCGUGCCUGAACAUCCACGUCCUUCCUGGCGCCUCUCAAGGCGGAAACAAGCAGGUGCGCCUGGCGAUGUCGGGCGACGCUGCGCUGUGUGCGCAGUGGCAUCAGCGGCAGCUACAGGGAGGCAAAACCCUCGGUGGUGGCGCCGCCUUCUUCCACUCGCUCCGAGACACCACAAGUGUCGAGCACCAGCAGAAGAUGACCGAGCUGGUGUCACUCCACUCGGCUGCCGAGACCGGAUUCUUGCUGGAUUUGCCGAGCGAGUGGGUUCGUGGCUGUCCGGAGAGUGCUACGAUGUACCUGCAGCAGGCAGGGUCCUUGUGGUACGACUUCGCGGCUGUCUGGGGGCCGGUGAAGGAGGCCUUCUUAGUCCGCGCGCAGGAUCCGACUGCGAUCCACUUGCUGGUCGACUUCCGCCAAUCCGAGGGUGCCAGGUGCUUGUUUGAGCUGCUCUCAGAUCGAUACCUCUACAACCCACUUGCCCGGGAGCCGACCUACCCCGUCACGUGUGUUCUGGGGAACUUCCAGGAUUUGCGCCUGAGGGUUCAACCUGAAGAUGCCGGGGGUGUGCCUGGGACCUUUGAGCUCCGGCGCCUUCGUGGGCCGGAGCUGAAAACCCCCCAAGUCAUCCGAGUGACGCCGCGCCGGAUCAAGCUGGGACGGGAUGACUCUGCGGACAUCGCCUUGCAAAUUGCCCACAUCUCCAAGGUUCAUGCAACUCUGCAGGUCAUCGGGGAGAAGCUCUUCAUCCAGGACACGUCUGUGAACGGCACCUGGGUGAACGACCGCCGUAUUUCGAACGGCCUGAGGGUGGAGCUGAGACCGCGGGACAGGAUAUCCUUCUUGCCAUCCUACACCCGGGAUGCCCCCACCUACGAGGUCCAGCCGCCCGCGCAGCUCGUGUCCGCCAGCGAGGCCCGGCGAACUGAAGAGCUGCUGCGGGGUCUUGAGCCGGGUCCCGGGCCCCGCCGUUUUGCGUCCGCUGCUGUCCCGCCGGCCCCGAAGAAGAAGGCCUCCUCACGGCGUCAGCUCCUGGCCGAGCCAGUCGCGGUCGUCGGCCAGAAGCGCUCGCGCGAGGAGAGGUCCGUCGUCCAUCUGGAUGGCGUGGAGGAGCUCGAGGAAGUGGACGCCGGCGACGCCGCCGUAAUCUUGGAGGACGAGGGGGACGAGGACGUGGCGGCGUGGGCCGGGCGCCUGGACAAUGGGAGCUUGGCGAGCUACAUCCCGAAGCUCACGUCUCUUUUCAAGGGCGUCUCCCAGAUUCGGUCCCGGUACGCUGGCCGGCAGCUGCGCCUCAGCGACUUCUUCGAGGCCGUGGGCGUCAGCGACGACGACCACCGCCUGGCCUUUGCCACGGCCUUGCGAGCGCUCUCAAGGCCUGGCCGGGGGUGA